AUGCCUCCUCGUCCACGUGCGCGUACCCCGACGAAUGAGCAGCUUGCCCAGAACCUACAGCAGUUGAUGCAGACGAUGCAGACUCUUAGCGAGGCGUUGCUGAACAACAACCAUCCCGUGGCACGUCCUCAAUCUGCUGGGCACAGGGACAUGGGUCGUUUGGUGUCAGGUCACAGACCACCGAAUUUCGCGGGUGAUGAAGACCCGGUAGUUUUGGAGGAAUGGAUGAGAGUGUUCGAUAACAUCUUAUCGGUGGUGGGUUGUCCCGAGGAGCGGAGGGUAGAACUGGAAACGUUCUAUUUCUGUCAUGAGGCUGAUCUGUGGUGGAUUCAUGAAGGUUCGGCCUACCUUGAGGAGCCUGGGUUCGAUUGGUCUGCGCUUAAGGAUAGGAUGCGCGAGAGGUUUUAUCCGGCACACGUGCGAGCUGCGAUGUACGAGGAAUUCCUCCAUCUACAACAAGGAUCUCUGUCAGUGGUCGAGUACCUCAAGAAGUUUAUUGAGUUAGCGCGUUUCGCUCGGAUUCUUGUGCCUUCAGAGCUCACCAAGGUUGAGAAAUUCGUUACUGGCUUGAAUUAUGAGGCACGAAAGACCUUGACCGUGAGUAGGCCGAGUUCUUUGAAGGAUGCAUAUCUGAGUGUUGCGGAUCUGUACCGUGUUCAGCAGCUUCAACAAGGGUCUUAUGAGCUUGCUAGAAAGAGGACCGAGAGUGGAGGCCCUUCCAGCUUCAAGAAGCCUAAGCCAAGUUUUCAAGCUACGAAUGCAUCAUCUCCAACCCAAGGACCCAACCGGAUGGAGCAAGGAAAUCAAGCCAAGGUGUUCCCUUUUUGUAGAUAUAGGAAGGUGCAUGUGGGACAAGAUUGUCAUGGCCAGACGUUUAAGUGCUUUCGUUGCGGAGAUAGGGGUCACAAGGUCGUCGAGUGUCCCCAGCAAGCCAAUUAG